GCUUCCUGAAUCAGCCACACCCCUUCCCGCACACAUCCUUAAACUCCUCCUUCUGGGCCGCCUUACUCCCGGCCGCCCUUGCGAGGCGCGCGCGCGCCUGCGCCAGCGCCAGCUUCCAGCUGGAGCUGGACUUGAGAGCCUCAGGGGCUUGCGCGCGCUCUCUCGCCCUGUUGCGCGCUCGGUGUCACCUUGGGCGCGAGCGGAGCCGCGCGCGCACGGGACCCGAAGCUGAGGGCCAUUGAGUGGCGAUGGCGGCGAUUGCAAGUCCCGGGGCCGGAGGGAUGGACGGGAAGCCCCGUACCUCCCCUAAGUCCGUCAAGUUCCUGUUUGGGGGCCUGGCCGGGAUGGGAGCUACAGUUUUUGUGCAACCUCUGGACUUGGUGAAGAACCGGAUGCAGCUGAGUGGGGAAGGGGCCAAGACUCGAGAGUACAAAACCAGCUUCCAUGCUCUCACCAGCAUCCUGAAGGCAGAAGGGAUGAAGGGCAUUUACACUGGGCUGUCUGCUGGCCUGCUUCGCCAGGCCACGUACACCACUACUCGUCUUGGCAUCUAUACUGUGCUGUUUGAGCGCCUGACUGGGGCAGAUGGUACACCCCCUGGCUUUCUGCUGAAGGCCCUAAUUGGCAUGACUGCAGGUGCAACUGGUGCAUUUGUGGGAACACCAGCUGAGGUGGCUCUUAUUCGCAUGACCGCUGAUGGCCGUCUUCCAGCUGACCAGCGCCGUGGAUACAAAAAUGUGUUUAAUGCCCUGAUUCGAAUUGCCAGGGAAGAGGGAGUCCCCACACUGUGGCGGGGCUGCAUCCCUACCAUGGCUCGGGCUGUUGUGGUCAAUGCUGCCCAGCUCGCCUCCUAUUCCCAAUCUAAGCAGUUCUUACUGGACUCAGGCUACUUCUCUGACAAUAUCCUAUGCCACUUCUGUGCCAGCAUGAUCAGUGGCCUUGUCACCACUGCCGCCUCCAUGCCUGUGGACAUUGUCAAGACCCGGAUCCAGAACAUGCGAAUGAUCGAUGGGAAGCCGGAAUACAAGAAUGGGCUGGAUGUGCUGGUGAAGGUCAUCCGCUAUGAGGGUUUCUUCAGCCUGUGGAAGGGCUUCACACCAUACUAUGCCCGUCUGGGCCCCCAUACUGUCCUCACCUUCAUCUUCUUGGAGCAGAUGAACAAGGCCUACAAGCGUCUCUUCCUCAGUGGCUGAGGUGGCAGUGGUCCUGGAGCUGGUGCGCCGGGGCUCCCAGUCACCCACUGCUCUGCAGUCAUCGCCCUGGAGGGCCUGGACUCUGCCACCCCCAGCCCUUCUAUUUAUUUCCCCUCCACAGUGUGGUUUCCUCCUUUGUGGUAAAGGACUUUGGUUUGUUCUACCUUCUGCUCCAGCUUGCCCUGCUUGGCCUGAUUCUUAUGACCAGCCUGUCCCUGGCUGUUCCUUGGAGGAACUGGGAAACUCUCUGAGGAGUUCUAGUCCCUUCCUGGUUAUUAGUUUCAGGGCACACAGGACAGCAUAAAAUCCUCCUCCUCCGUGAGGAAGCCAAGGGAGAGCUAAGUUAUCAGGAUCGAGCAGAAGCUAUCAGGAUGGUUAAAGGGUCCUCAGUGGGAGGAUGUGCUUUCUUCCCUUUCACAGAGGACUUAAUAAAUUGGAUUGAUGACACCA